GCUAGCAUCGUCGGUUCGAUUGCGUCAAAGGCGUUUCCUCAAACUACAUGUGCACGUUUUCACCGCUGAAUUUUCCCAAUUUUCCCGACUCCCCGAGUUAUCAAGUGCAAUAAAUGAAACUAGGAGAAUCGAUUUUACGGUGCAUCGACGUACGUCAACGUGACGAAGUAUUUUUUAUUGAUACGACCCUUUAUCGUCGCUGCCAUAAGGUUUUACCCGGGUUCAGUGUCAUGUGAUUAAUUUAUUUAAGGAGGAUUUUUUAUAAUUAUUAUGUUGCCGCAGAGGAGAGUUGUGAGGAAGCGUGCUCUACAAGAGCAACGACCACUCCGUACAUUUCGUACUGAGUUUAAUAUCUACGAAAGUACAACGAGUGAGGAACGCUACACCUCCACUACCACCCACUACACCCAAUCGCAGUACUCAACAGAGCGUCAUGAAACGUCGGCGACGAUCUCGAGUGAGAUCCAGCGUGUGUCGUCGAGAGAGUCGUCACCCCUGAAGAGACCGUACGUUAGUAACGAGAGUGGUCACUCCACCGCGAAUGGUGAUAAGACGUUGGAAUCAGAUAUCGACGGUAGUCGUCUUGAUAAAAAUAGCAGUAUGCAAUUUAGAGAGAUAAGAAGUUUGAAGAGAGUAAACAGAUCAGAGCACACUAGUGAUACAGACAACAUAAUAGAGGAUAGGGGUAUCGUCCAUCCAGUGACGGGUGAUGUAUUGACAGUGGGUGAAGCGAUAAGUCUGAGGAUACUGGAUGUUAGGAAUGGUAGGAUAGCAACGUCCAUCGAUGGAAAAACGAGUGUCUCGAUCGAAGAGGCAGCACGUUUAAAUCUCAUCGAUGUUGAUCUAGCUCAUCGCUUGUUAGGACCAUGCGGUGUCAUCGAGAAUGGCCGAAGAUUAUCACUCCUAGCUGCCAUUCAGCGUGAAUUAUUUGAUGCUGAGCGUGGUGAUGAUAGAGUCAAGGUAACGUGUGUAUCAACAGGUGUUAGCGUUGCAGAUGCGAUGAAACAGGGAUUACUUGAUCCAGAGACGGGACUAUUUGUUAAUGAUAGUGGUGAGAGAAUGACUAUUGAGGUGGCUUACAAUCGUGGAUAUCUUGUGAGAAUAAGUACAAGCGUUAAGAUAAAGCGCGGUGCACUUGCACUUUCCGAUGCCAUUGGUCAGGGUCUCGUUGAUGAACGUACGGGUCAAAUUAUCGAUAGAAAUACUGGUGAUUGUUAUUUUAUUGAUGAGGCUGUUCAGAGGGGUGUCAUUGAUCCUGAUAUUCGAGAGAUUGUUGAUGUUAAAAAUGAUGUUAAAAUAACAACAGCUGAGGCUAUGGGUUUUGGUAUCAUUAAUCCAAAGAGUGGAAGAUAUAUUCAUGGAAUAACAAUGGAGAAAUUGUCAUUCAAAGAGGCUAGGAGACGGCAACUUAUCGUUAAACCAAUGACGCUCAAAGAUUGUUGUGAUUUAGAGAUUAUUGAUGACCGAGGAAAAAUUUCAAGUCCUGCGCACAAACACAAAUUGGGGAUUCUCGAAGCUGUUACUGCUGGGGUUUUAGAUUCUGAUAAUGUUAAAUCCGUUUCGGAUACUAGAACUGGAGAAUUACUCACGCUCUCCGAUGCUUUAGCCAGUGGAAUAAUUCUAGCAAAUAGUAGGUACAUAGAUCCGAAAAGUAAUGAGAGUCUCUCGAUUCCUGAAGCUGUCGAUAAGGGACUGAUUACUUCAGUUGCCCAGAAAUCAAUAUUCGAUAUCGAUGGGUUCAAGGAUCCCGUGUCCGGGGAAUUUAUCAGUCUUAACACAGCUUUGCUGAAGGGUUUGAUUAGUCCGAAAUCGGGAGGUUCUUUUGUGGUUGAUUUGACGACUGGUAGAACGGUUUCCUUUGGUGAUGCUAGGGAUUUGGGUCACGCUCGUCCAGAAGUCAUGGAGAUGCUGGACAGAGGGAUAGGGAUUACGGAGAAUGGUCGAGAGGUCAGUGUACUCGAGGCUGUAUUAUUGAAUUUAUUGGAUCCAAAAUCGGGACAGAUUUUGGACCCGAGAACGAGUAAGCCAGUGCCUUUGGAGGAAGCGAUACGACGAGGUUUGAUAACACCUGAUGGUGCUGCUCUUCUCGCUAGUCUUCUGAACAUAACGGUUACCACUCAGACUGUUACCAAGACGAUAAAGAAGUACGUCACUGUGACGAAGACUGGUGAGACUGUAGUGAAGGAUUAUAAAAUUUCUUAUAAAGAGGCAGUGAACAGGGGCCUGAUUGAUGAAGGGACUGGGGAGUUCACGGAUCCGGAGAGUGGCAGGCGAAUUGAUGUUCAGAAUGCCAUUGAUGAGCAUCUGCUGAGUGCCCCUGAUGUCAGGGAGGUCGAGAGACCCUCACCCAAGAAAACCAAGGAUUCACCGUCUAAACAGAUGACCUUCGAGAGCACUCUCUAUGCUAGAGUUGGUGACCCGUUGAUUCAGCGUCCUGCUUCACCUCCCAGAGCUAUUGGAACUACAACUUCUAUUAUUAGUCAUGAAUUUGUACAGCCUAGUCAUGAAGUUAUCAGUAGCGCGGCUAAUGUUUCUUCAACUGAAGUUAAAACUUCUUCUAACAUCUCUCGACAUCAUUCGCGGUCUAGGAGUCCUUCUCCUGUUAAACAUAUUACUACAGUUGUUGUUAGUCCGGAUUAUGAGGAAGAUGAGCGUUUUGGGGGUGAACGGUGUGAAAUGGAAAAAACAACGAGUGUUAUCAGAGAGGUUGAGACAGUUAUACAGAGGGAAUGCAAUUCCAUGGAGAAGAAAGUAUUUGAAUUGCCUUCUGAGGGUUGGAUGCUCGGUGAUGCUAUCAAGCAGAGAUUGUUCGAUCCUGUGACAGGACUCUUUAUCAUUCCCGGGACAGAUAGACUUGUUUCAUUCGAAGAGUGCGUUAAACUUGAAAUUAUAAAUCCUGAAUCAGCGGUUGUUGUUGAUCCGAAUAAUGGUAGGAAGAUUUCGUUGCUUAGGAGUUUAGAGAAGAAUAUUUUAGAUUCAACCGGGCAUUACACGCAUCCUAACAGAAUUUCAAUGAAGGAGGCGAUUAUCAAGGGGUUUGUGAUUUUAGAUGAGAAAACGACAGACAUCGAAGUCAAUAGCUCUCGACUCAUUGAAAUUACGAAAGUUUUAGGAAGACCGGAUAAAGUUGAAGUGAGUGGUGUCGAGUUGAUUUCUGAAUCACAAUUAACGUCUGAUCCUGUUCAGGUAACUCAGGGUGUUAUUUACGAUCCUGAAACAGCUCUGGUUAUUUUUACUGAGAGCGGAAAGUCAGCUGAUAUUUUAUCAGCGGUUGAUGAAGGUGCCUUACAACCUGAAGCUGUUGUAGUUAAAGAUCCUCAAACAGGUAGGGAAAUUGGUCUCAGUGACGCGGUUGAUAAGAAAAUUGUGGAUCCACAAACUGGUGCUUAUGUUGACAAUACUGGACGGAAAAUUUCACUGGCAGAUGCUGCCAAAUUUGGUUUGAUAGCUGUUGUUGGAACACCACUGGUAGCAGCUGCUGCAGCUGUGGAGGCUGUGAAGAAAGCCAUGAUCAAGGAUCCUAAAACUGGAGAGAUCAUUCCCAGAGAAGUGGCUAUUGAACGCGGUCUAGUCACUCCUGAUCAAAUAACAAGUCAUUCCGAGACCUCAAUUAGUGUUAAAGACAUACCAGCCGGAGAAAGAACGUCCGCUUUUGAGAAAGGACUUGUCACACCAGUGAAAAUCAAUGAAAAAAUGACCGAGGCGGAGCCAACAGUCUCGGUGAAGUUCACCGGGCCUUCGGAAGAACCCCUCCAGGAAGCGGGAUCACCUUCAGAGACUCCACGAGAAAAUGUCGCGGAAUCAAAUCACACGGUGACUGUAGGGAAAACUAAAGUCAUUUCGACUCACGAAGAAACAUCCAUAAUCCUUCAAAAAAUGAGAAAACGAAUUGUCGAACCCCAGGAAGCCCUAGACUCUGGAUUAAUUAAUGAAGAAACUGCAAAAAUAUUGGAACCAGUGAUAGCCGCCGGCGGAUCUUUACGGAAAGCUAUUGAAAGUAAAAUGAUUGAUUCAAAGACUGGAAAGAUCAUAGACCCUCAGCGAGGGGAUGUCUUGUCCAUCGGAGAAGCUCUGGACCGAGGAAUUUUAGACUCAGAAAGCGGAAAUAUUUUGGUGCCCCUAGCAAAAAGCUUAUCAGUCCCUGGGCUUUAUAAUCAAGGGCUCCUGGAUCCUCACGAUGGCACAGUGAUUCAUCCGGAAACAGGACAGCCUCUCACACUGAAUGAAGCAAUCGUCUGUGAAAUUGUUGAUCCACUGUCUCAAUUGGUUCAUGACGAUGGAGAACACAUUUCGAUAGAGUCAGCCAUUGCAAGGAACAUCAUUGAUCCUGAUAAAUCUAUUAUCCAUACCGAUGUAGGGGACAUCAAUCUUGUCGAGGCUGCGGAGCAGAAUAGAUUCGAUGCAGCUGAAUCCACCAGUCCUUUAGCAUUACCACCUGUGGGAAUGACAUUCCCUGUUGCUGUAAAACGUUGCGUGAUAGAUUCGUCGAGGCAACAAGUGACACAUCCAAUAAGGGGUGAUCAAUGGCCCGUAAAUCAGGCGAUCGACGAGAACUUCAUCAUGACUGUUCCGUAUCCAGCUGCACCUGAUUGUAUUGAAGUAAGAAAAGCUCUCGAGGCUGGUCUCAUUGACGAUGAUAAGGGUGUUUUCAUUCAUCCAGAAACUGGCAACGAACUUCCCAUAGCAGAAGCCUUCGAAUCCGGAGUAUUAAUUUUGAAACCGAAUCCUGAAGAUGACAGUGUCAUGAGUGCUGUCAAAGAAACGAUCACAUCGUAUCACACAAUUACUACCAAAACUAUUCAAGUGCAGCCUGGGUAUUCUCUGCUCAAUGCCAGUGAGAUUCAGAACAUAAAAACUGGGGAGAUCAUCCCGAUGAAGGAGGCACGGAGUCUGGGGAUUGUCAAGGAUGAAUCUGAGAAACAAGAGGAAUUCACAACCAAGGACAUAAAAAUGACGUUCAGUGAUGCUGUUGAGAAAGGUUUAGUUGAUCUGGAUGCUGGAGUAUUUACAAUUCCAGAAACUGGUGAGGUUAUUCCAAUUGCAAAGGCUAUUGAAGAUGGAUUGCUUGAUACAUCUCAGGGUUCUGUUCCUGACUCAUUGAAGAAAGGACAGUGUCCUAGUCUGACAGUUCUCGAAGCUGUUGAUCAAAUUUAUGACGAAAAAACUGAGAGGUUCGUCGAUCCAGCGACUAAUAAAUCUUACAAUCUCACAGAAGCUAUCGACGUGGGUCUAAUUGAACCAGAUUCUGUGGUUUAUGAUGUUAAAUCUGGUGCUCCAGUGACAACCAAGGAAGCGAUUGAGAGAGGAAUUCUCGAUGCCAAGACUGGAAAAGUCAAAGACGGAAAGGGAAGAUCGAUGUCUGUAGCUGAGGCAGCGAAGCUGGGACUACUAGCUGUUGUUGCUGCUCCAGUUCUUGCAGGAAAAGUUGUCGUCGAUGCAAUUAAAAACAGGAAGACGACUGAUAGGCGGCCAACGAUGUCGCCCGUUCAAGAGGCAAGUCCAAUUCAUCAGCAACAACCUAUUGAUAAAUCGGCUAUCCAAGGGGAACCAAAACUCACGACAGUCAGUGAGAAAUUCAUCCAAGCAGAGCAGAUUUCCACGAAAGAAUGGGAGCCGAUUCAGACUACCUUGGCAGAAGCUAUAGAUAACGAUUUAAUUGACCCUGAGAAUUGCAGGAUAAUAAUCGCCCAAAGGGAAUCACCACUGAGUGUUCAUGAGGCUCUCCAGCGACAAGAAGUUCGUCUGAAUGAACAGAUAAUCGUCAUCAAUCCGACUGCAAUUUCUCUACUUGAAGAACGACCGAAAUUCAAAAUCGAAAUCACUCGAUUCUUAACACCGGAAUAUUUAUCUGAACAAGGUGUGUACGACUUGAAUGCAGAUAAAUUCUCAAAUCCGUAUACAGGAUAUCCAAUAAGCUUCCAAGAUUUUGUACUUGAUUUAGAAAUUUUUGAUCCGGACAAUGUCUACGUGAAGGAUUUAUCAAGCAAGACUGAUUCGUAUGUGUCUCUUCGUGAAGCAGUUAAUCGUCCAUUAGUAGAUAGGAAUCUUGGGAAUAUGGUCGAUCCGAAGACCGGUAAGAAGAUACCGUUCUUGGAAGCUACCAAGCAAGGAUUGAUCUUCCAGCGAAAUCCUAUGAACGAAGACGAGAUGUUAUCAUUAACGCUGCAAGAAGCCAUCGAGUCUGGAAUAUGUGAUUCGAUCGCUGGUACACUGCACGACCCACGUUCUGGUGAACAAUUGUCACUCGUUGAUGCAGUGGAUACAGGUCUGAUUGAUGCGGACUCCAUCAGCAUCCGAAAUCCGGUGAACGACGAGAUCGUAACACUCGUUGAAGCGGUUGAUUCCGGUAUCGUCGAUUUGACUCGUGGAGUUAUCGUCAACGUAGAAAUGGGAACCGAGAUAGAUCUGAAGAUGGGAUUUACGAAGGGUCUGAUAGUGCCUGCUCUACGUAAACCAAUUUCUCUCGAGGCAGUUAUAAAAAAGGGCCUCUACGAGCCGGAGUCUGGACAAAUUCAAGACCCAAUGACGAAACAAUCGAUAGAUAUCGAUGAGGGAGUGAGAAGAGGAAUAAUCGAUGCCUUCAUAACCGAGUGCCAGGACACCAAAGCUGGCUCAUUCCUCUCAUUAGACGAUGCAUUGUCAGUGAAACUAAUCAAUCCAAAGACUGGAAGACUGCGUGAUACUAAAGCCGGUGAGUUGCUUCCGCUCGACGUAGCUCUUGGUAAAAAUCUGAUAAUAACAAUGCCAUUUGUGCCUUCACUGAUUGAUGUUAUCGUGCAAGAAUACUACUCCCCGAGGACAGGUCUCGUUCUCAACCCCAUGACUGGAGAAGAGAUCACGGUUAAAGAGGCGUUGACAACUGGUUUUGUCGAUGGACGAAUGAUUGUUGUGAAGGACGAGAAGAAAGAUAGAGUCGUGCCUCUUCAAGAAGCCGGAAAAUCUGGGCUCGUGGAUCUCGACAAGGGAGUGCUCAUCCAUCCUCAUCCGAUGAUGCUGGAUCAGGCACUUGAAAAGGGUUUUAUUCUGAGUACAAUGAAGCCGUGGACUCUUCAAGAAGCUCUAGCCCAUCAAGUCUACUCUCCGACUAGUGGAAUGUUAACCAUCGAGGGUGAACGAUUAACCUUGGAACAGGCGAUCGCAAAGGGUUUUAUCAGUCCCGACAGUCCAUCCGUAAAAGAUCCCAGGACAGGAGAUGUAAUUUCUCUCCAUGACGCAAUUAAACUCGGAUUAAUCGAUCCCAAAUCGGGUACAGCGCUAGAUCCAUCCACUGGUACAGCUUUAUCAUUGAUUGACGCAAUUGACCGAGGUCUUGUUGUUCCCGCGAAGCGAAAAAUUUCGUUGCCCGAAGCCAUCUUCAAGGGCUUCUACGAUCCCAAGACCGGGCAAUUUACCAGUUUUGAUACGAAGGAGAAACUUCCGACGGAUCGGGCAAUCAAAGAAGGCGUCAUUGAUCCGACUUCAGCAAUUGUUAAAGACGCGAAUGGUGAAGUGAUUACCUUUUGCAAAGCCAUCGCGACGAAAAUCAUUGAUCCAAAGAGCGGAAUGAUAACCACAGAAGAAGGAAAGUCAUUGGACUUCCAAGAGGCAUUCGAGCAAGGAGUUCUUGUCGAGGCCAGAAGACCAAUGAGCUUCAGCGAGGCUGUCCUCAAGGGUGUUCUUGAUACCAAGACAAAUCUAUUCUUGGAUCCAAAAACCGGUGCCUACUUAACAAUAGCUCAAGCCAUCGAUCGAAAUCUGAUCGACGCUGGUUCGGUAUUUGUCCGAGAUAGCAACGUCGGGCUUUCUCAGAAAACAAGUCUCCCUGAUGCCAUAAAAACUGGACUCAUUGAUGGGAGCUCUGGCCGAGUUAAAGACGUAACCAGAAACAACCAAGAGGUCUCUCUCAUGGAAGCCUACGAACUCGGUCUGAUUAUCGACAACAAAGCACCGAUAUCCGUGCAACGAGCGAUUCAUCAGGGCCUGUACGACGACAAGACCGGUAAAAUCAUCGAUCCAAGCACAGGUCGCGCAAUAAGUCUCCACGAGUCUAUGCGAAUGGGUAUCAUCAAUCCCAAAUUGGUGUGCUAUUGGGACAAACGAGAAGAGUCUUUGCUGUCCCUCGCUGAGUCCUGCAGAGCGGGAAUGAUAGACAGACGCUCUGGUAUGUUUAAAGAAUCAGGUGCUAAUUUCCCAAUUCCUCUGUCGCUAGCUCUCCAAUUAGGUUUGAUAGUCGAUAUUGAGAGCACAGGUUUCAGUUUGUAUGAGGCGGUCCACAUGAAAAUGUACGAUGUACCGUCUGGGAAGUUUGUCCAUCCUUCGAGUAACAAGCGACUCACGCUGUCCGAAUCGUGUCAGGUAGAGCUGAUCAAUCCCCUCAUCUCCAUUGUUAAAAACACACAAACCAAUCGAUACAUUCCUCUGGCCGAAGCCGUCUCCUUGGGUAUUGUCGAUGAUAUUCGUGGAACAUACACCGUUGUUGAGAUCGGUAAAGUCAUGGAUCUGAAAGAGGCUAAAGAGAAAGGCUACAUCGUUCCGUCCCACAAACCUCUGUCAAUCGAGGAGGCAGUGAAAUGCGGAUUGUACCGGGGAGAGAGUGGUAAAUUCGUGAAUCCUUCAGCUAAUGAAUUCCAGGAUUUAGGUCAGGCUCUCAAUUCGGGUCUUCUCGAUCCGGAUACAGCUGCUCUGAAGGACGCCACUUCAGGGCAGAUCAAAUCGCUGCAGGAAGGUAUCGCUGAUGGAACGGUUGAUCCUUCAAAGGGACAAAUUCUUGAUCGCAAGACCACACGCUCGUACAAUAUAGAUAUUGCUUUAGAAAGGGGAUUGCUAGUGAAUAUUGAUAAACCCGUAACUCGGCAAACCGAGCGAAAGACAUCGGUCGAGCUUCAGAAAUCGGGAGUCAGUGGUAAAGGCAUUAGAGAAUGUAGUAUUGAUGAGGCCCUGCGGUAUGAGCUUCUAGAUCCCUCGACAGCAUUAGUUAAAGACCCGCGAAGUGGAAAAUUCAUAUCUUUGAGUGAAGCAUUAAAACACGAAGUUGUCGAUCCUUCGAAGAAGGGAUCGUUCGAGCCCCAAAUUGGAAAGGUACCCCAGCAAUCGAUUCGUUUCGGAGACGUUAUCGUUUACCUGGCCGAGCCAUUGAGCUUGGAUAUAGCCGUGGAGAAGGGACAUCUGAUCCUUGAGACAGGAAAAUUGACAGAUCCAAAAUCAAAGGAGGAAUUGACUCUCAAAGAGGCAGUGACUCUUGGGAUAAUUGAUCCAGACUCGGCAUUGAUUAAAGACGUUCAGAAGAAAAAAUUAGUUAAACUACCCGAGGCAUUCAGAAAGGGAAUGAUGGAUGGCGAAAAGGGCAAUGUUUUGGACACUGAAACAUCAAAAUUGUAUACACUGAAAAAAGCCAUUGAGAGUGGCUUGUUGACAACCCAAAAACGUGGAAUACCGUUUAUCGAGACCCUGCAAUUUGGCCUUUACAAUUCCACAACCGGCGGUUUCAAUGAUCCAUUUAUGAUAACAUCCGUGCUAGAUCGUAAACAUUUGACACUGAGUGACGCGUUAGAAUCCGGCUUGAUUGAUCCCUCCACAACCGUUAUUAAAGAUCCCGUUAAUGGAAAUAUAUCGAGCCUACUUGAAGCCAUAAAUGAAGAUAAAGUAGACCCAAUUGCUGGACGAUUGCUAAGUGAUCCUGAUGAGAAAGAGAUUGACUUUGUGAAAGCCUUGGAAAGGGGUUACAUACUCGCAGCUGAGGCGAGGCAAGCGGUUAAGGAGAAGUAUAAGGUGUGCGAUGAGACACUGACAAAGCUCUUGCAAUGGAUUUCGGAUGUGGAGGACAAACUGGCACAUCAGGAUGUUGUCAGGGAAGAUAUUGAAGAGCUCAGGAAUCAGAUCAACGUCAUGAAGCAGAUCAAGGAGGAUAUCGAGGUUCACAACCGUCCAGUCUCCUCCGUUCUUGACCAAAUACGUCAGGUCGUCAUCACCGGGAGUGACGUUUUGUCCAGCGACGAAGUGUCGACUCUCGAGAAAAAUGGCAGAUCCCUGAAAACUCGUUACGAGCGAUCAGCCGAUCGUACUGAACGAUUGCUGCGUCGUUUGGCAGGAGCUAGAGAUGAACUAACUAAAUUCAAGAAUGAGAUAUCAUCCUUCUCGUCUUGGCUGGACAAGGCUCGCCGAGUUCUGGAGGACAAGGAGCGCUCUCUGUCUGAUCUCAAUCGAUUGAGUUCCAGCGCAGAUACAACUCGUGAUUUUAUCAGUGACGUGAUAGCUCAUCAGGCUGAUCUUCGUUUUAUCACGAUGGCAGCGCAGAAGUUUGUGGACGAGAGCAGGGAAUAUCUCCAGGUACUCAACGACUUCAGAACAAGUCUGCCACAACGUCUAUCUCAUAAAGAGCCAACGGCCAGUCAGGACUCACCAGUUCGUAAUGAAGUGACAAUUGUCACUGCUCAGUACAAGGAUCUACUGUCACGUGCUACCAAUUUAUCUGACCGAUUACUGGGUGUUGGUGGACGACAGCGUGAUUAUCAUGAGUCCCUGGAGAAGGCGAAGGAGUGGCUGAAGGAGGUUGAGCCAAGAGUGUUGAGAGUUAUCGCUGAAGCUGUUGCUGCUGAGCCAAAGCAAGUAGAGGAGCAGUUGUCGACAGCCAAAUCUCUGAACAACGAGCUUCUGGCGAACGCUCGACUCAUUGACAAUGCUAAAUCGAGUCUUGAUAGUCUUCUGAGAUCUCUGGAUGGACAGCUAACACCGAGUGAAGCUAGUCACCUCGAGGAACCCGUUAAGAUCCUUGAGGACAAGUACAGACAGCUGUCCAAUGCUCUUGCUGAGAAGUGCCAGGAGCUAGAUACAGCUCUGGUUCAGAGUCAGGGGGUUCAGGACGCCCUGGAUAGCCUCGUCGCCUGGUUGAACAACGUUGAAAGCCAAUUCAAGAACAUGCAGCGUCCAGCUAGCCUCAAUAAGGAUCGCCUCGAAGAACAACAGAGAGAGCAGCGAAUGCUGCAGUCUGAUUUAGACAGUCAUCGACCUAGUGUCGAGGCCAUAACAGCAUCUGCUCAGGAUUUACUGAUAAAUUCGAGUAAUGCUCGCGUUGCCAAACGAAUCGAGAGUAAGCUGAAGGACGUACAGAAUCGAUACGAAAAACUUAUGGACAAGUCACUCCGGAGGGGUGAAUUCCUCGAGGAAAUAGCACAAGCGCUGCACGACUUCUCCAGAGAAACUUCUCAGUUUGACACUUGGUACUCACACAUGAUCGAGAUCCUUGAGUCCAGGGAACUGUCGAAACUCGAUGUCAGUGAGUACGAGAGCAAGAUGGCUCAGUUAGUAGAUAAACGUGAAGACCAGAGAGGCAACUUCGAGGAGCUCAUCAGAAAUGGAAAGAAUCUCGUUGGAAAGAAGGAUAUCACUGAUGCUGCACAUAUUCGAGACAAGAUCAAGGCAAUUGAGACUCAGUGGAGAGAGCUGAAUAAUCUUCUUGAUGAGAAACAGCGUCUCAGUAAGUCCAGGGCGGAACAGCUGACUGCUUACGAGAAGCUCAGGGAUCAGGUUCUGGAUUGGCUCACAAGAACUGAGAGCAGGGUGAUUAGGUUGCAGCCUGUUGCUGUUGAUCUUGAAAAACUGAAGGUGCAGACCGAAGAGAUCAAGCCUAUUCAGAAGGAGUAUCGAGAUUAUGGGAAUACCAUUGACAAGGUCAACGAUUUGGGAAUUGUUUAUGACAGCCUUCUGAAGGAACGUGGCGAGAGCCCACCAAGACGUCGUGGCAGCGCAAGUCCCACCAAGAGGACCACCAUCAGCAGUCCACUCCGCCGAACCUCACAAGACGGUCGCUCACCUUCCCCCACUAAGUCGUACGCGGUUCAAAGUCCAGUGUCUCCAGGUGGUAGCAGUGGAUUCAGCAGCAGGCGAUCCAGUCAGGAUGGCUUCCAUCUUGAGGAGCUGUCGGCGGUCCAGCAGCAGUUGUCGGAGAUUAAUAAUCGGUACGGAUUGCUGGGGGUCAGGCUGUCCGAUCGUCAGUCCGAACUCGAUGUAAUCAGGGAUGAGAUUAAGAAAUUGCUGGAGAACUUGAAGAAUUUGUCGCAAUUUUUGGAUAAGAUCGAGCGUCAACUUCCUAAGGAAAUAAUUCCCUCGACAAAGGAGGAGGCGGACAAGACUGUGAAACAAAUCAAGCUGAUCGUCGAAGAGAUGUACGAGAAGCAGUCCCUCCUGGACAGUACAAAAACCCAAGUCCGUGACAUAGUGCGUCGCAAGAAAGAUGCGGAGGGUGCAGAUAGAUUGAACGACGAACUGGAGGACGUGGCGAGUCGUUGGAAGUCGAUCUCAGAUCGUUGCAAGGACAGAGUAAGAUUCCUGGAAGAUAUCAAGGAGUUCCACGAUGGUUACGAGAGCCUGAACUCCUGGUUAGGAGCCAAGGAAAGAAUGCUCGGUGCCUUGGGACCGAUCUCAUCCGAUCCCAGGAUGGUUGCUAGUCAGGUACAGCAGGUACAGGUUCUUCGUGAAGAAUUCAGAACUCAACAGCCCCAACUGGAUCAUCUAGUGCAAGUGGGUGAGAGCGUGUGUACACAUCUGUCCAGUGAUUCUGUGGAUGGUCAAAAAAUUCGUAGUAAAUUGAACAGCAUUCUGCAACGCUGGCACGAGCAAGUGGAGCGCCUGGACGAUCGUGCUCAGAGUCUGGGUGAUGCUGUGGACACCAGCAGAGAAUUCGACGCCAGCCUGAAUCGUCUUCGUGACGCCCUGCAAGGAAUAUCCGACAAUCUCGAUGAUUUGCCACUGGACAAGGACCCUGAGGAGCAGCUGAGGAAAAUCGAGAACUUGGAACGCCAGCUGGAGGGCCAGAGGCCUCUUCUCGCGGACGCUGAAGCUGCUGGUGCACAAUUAUGCGAAGUACUGAGUGAUCCUGCAUCUAGAUCUGAAAUUCAGGGCAAACUUGCAGCCGUUGGAAAACUGUACACGAAUCUGCAGAAGAAAUUGGAUCACAGGAAAGCUGAGCUCGAAGGAAGUCUCCGCGACGGUAGACAGUUCGAGGCAUCUUGCAGUAAAACUCUUGGUUGGCUUGCUGAUGAGCUUGGAAAUAUGUCCGAGAAGCUGUUGGUGUCCGCUGACAGGGAGAUACUGCAGCAACAGCUCGAUCAUCAUGAGCCUAUUUAUAGAAAUGUCAUGGGUAAGGAGCACGAGGUGAUUAUGCUCUUGAAUAAGGGUAAGGAUAUCCUCAUGAGGGCUCCCAAAACUGAGAACCGAGGGCUACAGAGGGAUUUGGAUAAGAUGCAGAGCCAGUGGGAUCGUCUCAAGAAGGACACUCUGGAUCGACACACGAAACUCCAGACUUGUGCUGAACACUGCAAAAAGUAUUACAGGGCUCAGGACUCGUUCCUUCCAUGGUUGAGGCAGGCCGAGGAUAAACUCGAUGGCUUGAAGCCUGCGUCAUUCAAGAGGAAAGAUAUUGAGAGACAGCUCAAAGAAUUAUCAUCGUUCAGAAAUGAGGUGUGGAAACGAUCUGGAGAGUUUGAGAAUAAUAAAAUGCUCGGGGAAACAUUCCUCGGUGCCUGCGAUAUUGACAAGGAUGUUGUUAAGAAUGAGUUGAGUGCCAUGAAGACGAGAUGGGACAAGUUGAAUAAUGACCUUUUGGAGCGCACUCAGUCACUCGAAGACACAGCCCGUCAUUUAUCAGACUUCAACGAAAAUCUACGCGAUCUCCAGCACGGGGUGCAGCGCUGUGAAGACAAACUGGCUUCCCACGAUUCACUUGGUGGUGCCUCCAAAGAUCCGAAACUUCUUGACAGAAUAAAGAAUCUAAGAGAAGAAACAACAGCCCUGAAGAAGCCCCUGCUUGCUGUAAAGCAGCAGGCGCACGACCUGGCGAAUCGAGCCCGUGAACAAGGUGUAGACGCAACCCACCUUCAGGACGAAGUUGAAAAUUUAGCCGAUCGAAUAAACGACCUCCAAGGAAAGCUAGAUGACCGUUGCAACGAUCUGCAGAGUGCAGCCACAGCAGUUGCGCAAUUUAACGAUCAAAUCAAGGGUCUAACGUACGACCUCUCAGCACUGGAGAACGAACUCGACACGAUGAAAACCCCUGGUCGAGAUAUUAAAACAGUACGAACACAGAUCGAAGAAGUGGGAAAACUCCUGACCAAGAUAAAUCGUGCCUCCGACGAGAUUUCAGUCCUGGUGAAUACCAGUGAGAACCUGGUGGACAGUGGAUUCGCAGCGGAUGCUGUGGCCACUCGAGACCAGGUCGACAGUCUUAAGAGACAGCUUGCAAGACUCGAGGAACGUUCUCGCAACAGAGACGAGGAGUUGGCAGUCACUUUGAAUAAGCUCCAGGAGUUCUACCACCUCCACGGUGAUGUUAUGGACGACAUAAACGACGCGAGCGAUCAGAUCCGUAGGUUCAAGCCCAUUGGGUCUGACAUUGACUCGAUAAAAGCCCAGCAGGAGGACUUCCGCACGCUGAAAGCCAGCAGGAUCGAACCAAUAGCUCGUGCGGUCGACGAGUGCAAUCACACAGGUCAGGGUCUAGUCCAGAGUGCUGGAAGGGACGUAAAUACCAGUGGAAUUGAGAAGGACCUCGAUAAAAUGAAUGAAAAGUGGAAUGACUUGAAGGAGAGGCUCAAUGAACGCGAUCGUCGCCUGGACGUUGGUCUCCUGCAAUCAGGAAAAUUCCAGGAGGCUCUCGAUGGUCUCGAAAAAUGGUUGGCAGAUACCGAAGAGAUGGUGGCAAAUCAGAAGCCCCCGUCCUCCGAUUACAAAGUUGUAAAGGCACAGUUGCAAGAGCAGAAGUUCCUGAAGAAGAUGCUGCUGGACAGACAGAACUCAAUGUCCUCUUUAUUCAACAUGGGACAAGAAGUGGCUGCAGGGGCUGAUCCCAAGGAGCGUAAAGCCAUUGAAAAGCAGUUGAAGGAUCUGGUGGGGAGGUUCGAUGCAUUGACAGAGGGUGCAGCUGAGAGGAUGGACGCCCUCGAGCAGGCGAUGGCAGUUGCCAAGGAGUUCCAGGAGAAACUCAUGCCUCUUGCCGUCUGGCUGGACAAAACGGAGAAGAAAGUGAAGGAUAUGGAGCUAGUGCCAACUGAUGAAGGGAAGAUUCAGCAGAGGGUUGCCGAGCAUGAUCGGCUACACGACGAUAUUCUUUCGAAGAAACCGUACUUUAGUGAGCUGACGGAGGUGGCAAGUCAGCUUAUGAGUCUCGUGGGCGAGGAUGAGGCUUCUCUACUCGCUGAUAAGCUUCAGGACGCCACUGACAGAUACGGCAAUCUCGUUGAGCGAUCUGAAGCCCUUGGAAAUCUUCUCCAGAGAUCUCGACAGGGUCUGCGUCAUCUCGUGUUGACGUACCAGGACCUCCAGGCAUGGAUGGAAAAUAUGGAGAAACGAUUAUCCAAGUACAGAAUUCUUGCUGUUCACACUGAGAAGCUCCUCCAGCAGAUGGAGGAUUUGGCUGAUUUAACCGAGGAAGUUUCUUCACGGCAGACUGAAGUCGACAGCACCACUGACUCUGGCCUCGAGCUCAUGAAGCACAUAUCCAGUGAUGAGGCGCUAGGGCUUAAAGACAAAUUGGAUUCACUUCAGAGAAGAUUCAAUGAUUUAGUUACUCGUGGCUCGGACCUCCUCAAACACGCCCAGGAGGCGCUGCCGCUUGUCCAGCAAUUCCAUGAGAAUCACAACAGACUGAUGGACUGGAUGCAGGGUGCUGAGGGUGCCCUGCAAUCCGCUGAGCCUCGAGAGGAGGAGAUCAUUCGUCUUGAGAUGGAAAUAUCAGAGUACAGGCCUGUUCUCGAUAAGAUCAAUACAGUUGGGCCACAGUUGUGUCAGAUAUCUCCUGGAGAAGGUGCUGCCACAAUCGAGGGACUGGUGACAAGAGACAACAGGAGAUUCGAUGCAAUUGCAGAGCAAAUUCAGAGGAAGGCCGAGAGAAUUCAAUUGAGUAAACAACGGUCUCUCGAAGUGAUCGGUGACAUCGAUGAGCUUCUUGAGUGGUUCAGAGAAGUGGAUACUCAACUUCGGGAAGCAGAGCCUCCGAGCAGCGAACCAGAGAUCAUUAGGGUGCAGCUUAAGGAGCACAAAGCCCUGAAUGACGACAUAUCGAGUCAAAAGGGACGAGUUCGUGAUGUCAUUUCAACGGCCAAAAAGGUUAUUCGUGAGAAUACUCAUCACGAGGACACUUCAACCAUUCGAGAAAAAAUGGAGGACCUUCGUGAGACGAUGGAGACUGUCUCUGGAUUGUCAGGUGAUCGUCUAGGAGCCCUCGAGCAGGCCCUACCACUGGCUGAACAUCUUCGUGACACCCAUGCCGGACUGGUUGGAUGGCUCGAGGAGGUUGAGCACCAGGUGUCGAUGCUACCAAUGCCUGCACUUAGACCAGAUCUCAUUGCGGCUCAACAGGACAAGAACGAACUCCUUAUGCAGAGCAUUAAUGAGCACAAGCCCCUGAUAGAGAAGUUAAAUAAGACAGGUGAGGCUUUGAUCAGGCUCUGUAAUGACGAAGAGGGGGCGAAAGUUCAGGACAUUCUCGAUGGUGAUAAUGCCCGUUAUGCUGCAUUGAGGGCAGAGCUCAGGGCUCGCCAACAAACCCUCGAGCAGGCCCUCCAGGAGUCCUCUCAAUUCUCUGACAAACUCGAGGGAAUGCUUCGAGCUCUCGGAUCGACUGCUGAUCAGGUCAAUGGGGCAGAGCCCAUAUCUGCUCAUCCCCCACGUCUUCGAGAUCAGAUGGAGGAGAAUGCAGCACUCGCUGAUGACUUGGCACAGAGAAACGAGGCAUAUGCAGCUGUGAAAAAAGCUGCUGAUGAUGUGAUCAAUAAAGCCGGCAACCGUGCAGAUCCAGCUGUCAAGGAUAUCAAGAGGAAACUCGAAAAAUUAAAUAAAUUGUGGGCUGAAGUGCAGAAGGCCACCACUGAUCGUGGACAAACUCUCGAUGACACACUGGCUGUCGCUGAGAAAUUCUGGUCGGAGUUGACUGGUGUUAUGUCGACACUCAGAGAACUUCAAGAUGCCCUAGCUGGACAGGCACCACCUGCUGCCCAACCCGCUGCUAUUCAGCAGCAGCAGGUGGCACUCCAGGAGAUCAGACAGGAGAUUGAUCAGACGAAGCCUGAUGUCGAGCAGGUGAGGCAGUCUGGGCACGAGCUCAUGGGACUCUGUGGAGAGCCUGACAAACCCGAAGUCAGAAAGCACAUGGAAGAUUUGGAUCAGGCUUGGGACAAUGUCACUGCUCUUUAUGCCAGGCGCGAGGAGAAUCUCAUUGAUGCCAUGGAGAAGGCCAUGGAGUUCCACGAGACCCUCCAGAAUCUUCUCGAGUUCCUUCAAGAGGCUGAGGACAAAUUCGCCGACAUGGGAGCCCUUGGCAGUGAUAUCGAUGAAGUGAAGAAGCAGAUAAAACAGCUGGCGAAUUUCAAGGCUGAAGUCGAUCCGCAUAUGGUGAAGGUCGAGGCAUUGAACAGGAGUCUGACGAGGCAAGCAGCAGAGCUGACAGAAAGAACGACAUCGGAGCAGGCAGCGGCGAUAAAGGAGCCGCUGGGGGCAGUCAAUCGUCGUUGGGACGGUCUUUUGCGUGGCGUUGUGGAGCGUCAGCGACUCCUGGAGAACGCUCUAUUGCGAUUAGGUCAAUUCCAGCACGCUUUGGACGAGCUACUGGUGUGGAUCGACAGAACAGAUCGCACACUGGAUGACUUGAGGCCAGUGGCAGGUGAUCCUCAAGUGAUUGAGGUGGAGCUUGCCAAGCUGAAGGUACUGGUAAACGACAUCCAAGCACACCAGACUAGUGUAGACACCUUGAAUGACGCUGGAAGACAACUCAUUGAGGAUGGAAAGGGCACAGCUGAGGCAUCGACAACAGCUGAGAAAUUGGGUACUCUUAAUAGGAGAUGGAGAGAUCUUCUUCAAAGAGCUGCAGACAGACAGCGAGAGCUGGAGGACGCCCUGAGAGAGGCCCAGACAUUCACCGCUGAGAUUCAGGAUCUGUUGUCCUGGCUUGGAGAGGUGGAUAAUAUGAUAGUGGCAUCAAGACCAGUUGGAGGCCUCCCUGAAACAGCUUCAGAGCAACUCGAAAGGUUCAUGGAAGUGUACAAUGAGUUAGAGAUGAAUAGACCCAAAGUGGAGACUGUUCUGCAGCAGGGCCAGGAGUACUUGAAGAGAGCAAAUGCCUCAAGUGCCAGCUCCCUGAAUCACAAUCUCAGGACUCUGAAGCAGAGGUGGGACAGUGUUACAGCAAGGGCCUGUGACAAGAAGAUCAAACUGGAAAUAGCCUUGAGGGAAGCCACUGAGUUCCACGACGCCCUCCAGGCGUUCGUCGACUGGUUAACCAAUGCUGAAAAAAUCCUAACCAAUCUCAAACCUGUCUCGAGGGUAAUGGAAACCAUCCUAGGGCAGAUUGAGGAGCACAAGGCCUUCCAGAAGGACGUGGGUGUCCACAGGGAGACAAUGUUGAAUCUUGAUAAAAAGGGAACGCAACUGAAGUACUUCUCCCAAAAACAGGAUGUUAUUCUCAUAAAAAAUCUUCUUGUCUCGGUGCAGCACAGGUGGGAGAGAGUUGUGUCAAAGUCAGCUGAGAGAACUAGAGCUCUGGAUCAUGGGUACAAGGAGGCCAGGGAGUUCCAUGACGCCUGGUCUCACUUGAUGAAUUGGUUGGAUGAGACAGAGAGAACUCUGGAUGAAAUGGCGUCCGAAGGAGUUGGUGGUAAUGAUCCAGAGAAGAUUAAAUCACGGUUGAAUAAACAUCGGGAAGUGCAGAAAGCUCUUAGCGGUAAGCAGGGGACAUACGAUAAUACCAUGAAAUCCGGAAAGACACUGAAGGAUAAGGCACCUAAAUCUGAUGAGCCCGCACUCAAGGAGCUGCUGUCUGAGCUCAAAAGCAAGUGGACAACGGUCUGUGGAAAGAGUGUGGACCGACAGAGAAAGCUGGAGGAGGCUCUGCUGUUCUCUGGACAGUUCAAGGAUGCAAUUCAGGCACUCCUGGACUGGCUGCAGAAAACAGAGAAAAUGCUAGCGAAUCCUGGACCACUUCAUGGGGAUCUCGAUACUGUCACAAAUCUAUGUGAGCAGCACAGGUCAUUCCAAAGGGAUUUAGAAUCUCGGGCUAGUCAGAUGGAGUCUGUCAUCAGGACGGGAAGGGAACUCGAGUCAAAAGCAACGAUUGAGGACGCCUCGACAAUUAGGUCACAGUUGAGUGAAGUGAAUUCUCUCUGGAAUACCGUCAACAGAUUAUCUGAUAAUAAAUCCUCGAGGCUGGAGGAGGCACUCAGGGAUGCUGAGCGUCUCCACAAGGCUGUUCAUGUUCUCCUGGAGUGGCUCAGCGAUGCAGAGAUGAAACUCAGAUUCGCUGGACAACUGCCCGAGGACGAGCAGGAGAGCAGAAAUCAACUGAUGGAACACGAGAAGUUCCUCAGGGAACUCCAGCAGAAGGAGGUCGAGAAGGAUCGCACUUUGGAACUCGCUCACGCCAUCCUGGGGAAGUCCCAUCCGGAUGGCGCGGUUGUUAUCAAGCACUGGAUCACUAUUAUUCAAUCCAGAUGGGAUGAGGUCGCGACGUGGGCGCAUCAGAGAAAUCAGAGACUCGAGAGCCAUAUGCAAGGACUUCAGGACCUUGAUAAUCUCCUGGAGGAGCUCCUAGCGUGGCUUGAGGGCUUGACUCAUACUCUCAUCACUCUUGAGUCCGAGGAACUUCCUGAGGAUCGGCCGAGCCUGGAAAUUCUCAUUUCUGAUCACAGGGAAUUUAUGGAAAACACCAGUCGAAGGCAGAACGAGGUGGACAGUGUGUGCAAGGCUAGACAGAUUAAAACUGUCAAGGAUCCCAGGAAAAUGUCCAAAACCAAGUUGUCCGGUUCUGUCAAGGACGGUCUGUACCAAGAUACUGACGACGAUCAGCCACUCCGCAAGCAGAGCUUCAAGGGCAGCCGAGAUCUCUUGCAAUCCAGAAGGGGAAGCCGAGCCAGUCCAGGUCGUGAGAGAACACCAGAUCCCAAUCUACCACACAUUGGUCCACGCUUUCCACCCAAAGGAAGUAAAGGGGCUGAACCAGAAUUCCGUAAUCCUCGCGUGAAGCUUCUCUGGGACCGCUGGAGAAAUGUGUGGAUGAUGGCCUGGGAGAGACAGCGUCGUCUCCAGGACAAGCUCAACUACAUAGACGAGCUCGACAGAGUUAAGAACUUCAGCUGGGAGGAGUGGCGCAAGAGAUUCCUCAAGUUCAUGAAUCACAAGAAAUCGAGACUGACGGAUCUCUUCAGGAAAAUGGACAAGAACAAUGACGGUCUCAUCCCCAGGGACGAUUUCAUCAAUGGAAUAAUGAACACUAAAUUCGAUACAUCGAGACUGGAGAUGAAUGCUGUAGCCGAUCUUUUUGAUCGACAUGGCGAGGGACUCAUCGAUUGGAAGGAAUUUAUUGCGGCAUUGAGGCCUGAUUGGGAGGAAAGGAAGACUUAUAAUGACACUGAUAAGAUCCAUGAUGAAGUCAAGAGACUUGUCAUGCUGUGCACUUGCAGGCAGAAGUUCAGGGUCUUCCAAGUUGGGGAAGGCAAAUACAGGUUCGGGGACAGUCAAAAACUGCGUCUCGUCCGUAUUUUGCGAUCAACUGUGAUGGUACGAGUUGGAGGUGGAUGGGUGGCCCUGGACGAGUUCCUGGUGAAGAAUGAUCCCUGCCGCGCCAAAGGACGAACGAAUAUUGAGCUGCGGGAGCAAUUCAUAUUGGCGGAUGGUGUCAGCCAGACAAUGACAGCGUUUAGAUCAAAACCAAGUCCAACAUCGACACUACAACGCACACCACUGUCAUCAGCUGGUCCAAUAACGAAGGUUCGAGAGCGCAGUGCCAGGAGCGUUCCCAUGGGUCAGACACGUGCAUCACGCACAUCCUUGAGUGCAGGAACACCAGACAGCCUCAGCGAUAACGAGAGCUCCUUCAGGCUACCAGCAAGAAAGACCAGCACUCCUUACAGGAGUGGUGUAACACCAGGAGGCAGUCGUCCAUCUAGUCGACCAGCAUCUCGUCCAGCCAGUAGACCAAGCAGCAGACCAGCAUCUCGAACAGGCAGCAAACCACCAAGUCGUUAUGGCUCGACUCAAUCCCUAGACAGCACCGACGAGUCUGGAACACCAAGUCGUAUUCCAAGGCGAAGUGGAGCAACAACUGGAAAUACACCGACCUCAAGUCGUCACAACAGUGUUUCAGGUAGAAAAUUGGGUGCUCCAGUUAAUGGAUCGUCAUCGCGCUCUAGGACACCAACUGGACUCAUGAGUCCAGCGAGUGGAGUGCCAUCGAGACUGAGUUCAAAUCUAUACCGACCAUCGAGCAUUCCAACUCUGUCUGGUGUCGGAACACCGAAUAGUCGUUCUCGGAUACCCGUGUACGUUGGACCGGAAAUUAAAUCUCCCCAAUCGACAACGAGUAAUUUCUCAACUUAUUCCACGCAAAGCAACCACUCGACAAUAUCAACUGACUCCACUGGGGGCAGUUCGGUCAAUACGAGUUCAGCAACUAACACCUCAUCAGCUGUAAAGCAAGCUAGAACAAGAACACCAUCGAGUGGCUCGACAACACCCUUGCCACCAGGUUCAAAACUCUCGAGAAAGCCAUCAGGUGCAUCCGACACAUCGGUAUCAACUCCACUGACCUCUCGAAAAGGGGCCAAACCCACGCCAAUCGAUCAGAGAGCGCCAUUUAGAUUAUAAUUGAAUAAAAUAUUCAAUAACAGACUUAUAAUAACUAAUAACGAACGAAAUUACGCAUACGAAAAAAAAUACUUCAUACGAGCUUCUUACGGCUAUUUAUAAUUUCGCUAGAAAAAUUAUUUUUAAAAUCAAUAAAAAUGUUUUGCAGUGCAGGUAACGGCCCAUGCAGUCCCAUUAUAAUUGCCUACGAGAAAAUAGGCAAUAUAAUUAAUAGAAAUGAGUAUUAGAUUAUAUGGAGAAAAAAGUGUCUAUGAAAGGUCCAUGUGAACUCAAUAUCAUUAUCGAGUUUUCGUUUAUCAUUCUUUCAUCAUGAAAAAAUACGUUUUUUUUCUAGUGUAAGUCCUGUAAAAUACGAGUCAUUCAUUGGCCACUGGCCAAUUAUCGAAGAGGUAAAGUGUUCUUAAACGAAAUGUAGACACUAAUUUUAUGUGAUGCAGCUGCAUAACAGAUUUACAAAAAAAAAUUACCGCACGAUAAAUAUUUGUUUGAUAAUUGCAAAGAAUACCAGUGGAAAUAAAAAUUUCUACAUAUUGAUAAUAUUCGUAUGAAGUUUUUAAUCUGAAGAUUUAAUUCUAAGGAUUCAACUAAAACAUUAAAGAUAAAAAAUAGUUGAAAGGAUCAAUGUGAUUUUGCGUGAAUAUCGAGACUGUCGCGGUUCGGGGGUAAAUAAUUAAGAUCAA